AAAAGAAAAACUGUUUGAGAUAAAGUUUCCGCUUGGGAUAAUUAAUUUGAACGUAAAGCCCACCCCAUUUUCGAACAUUGAUCCGUGCCUGCAAUGGCCUCUGUGCUCCUUCCCUACUUCUUCUCCAUCUCUCUCCCUCUCAAACCGCACCAAAUCCUCAAGCUCCAUCUCUCACUUUUCCCUCACUCUCCAAACCCCGCAAGAACCCUCUUCCUCAGACCCCUCUCUCGCUCCUGCUCCUCCUCCUCCGCCGUUCCCCAAACUCCACAUCCUCCAAACAGCUUCAAUGGAGAUCUUGGGCCUUACUUGUCCUGCUCUAUGCCCCAUCAGAGCCUUAAAGUUGCCGUCUUGCUUAGCGGCGGUGUCGAUAGCAGUGUCGCCCUCCGCCUCCUCCAUGCCGCCGGUCACUCGUGCACCGCCUUUUAUCUCAAAAUUUGGUUCCAAGAAGACUUUGAGAACUUUUGGUCAGAAUGCCCAUGGGAAGAAGAUUUGAAGUAUGCAAAAGCUGUCUGCAAUCAGGUUGAUGUCCCACUAGAAGUCGUGCAUUUGACGAAUGAAUAUUGGAAGAAUGUGGUGUCCUACAUUAUCGAAGAGUAUCAAUGUGGUAGAACUCCUAAUCCAGACGUUCUUUGCAAUACAAGAAUAAAGUUUGGUGCAUUCAUGGAUGCCAUCAGCUGUAUGAAGUUUGACUAUGUGGCAUCUGGACAUUAUGCAAAUGUUGUCCACCCAUCUGCAGGUGAAAUGGACAAGGAUUCAGUAUUAGAACUAUCACAAGAUAUGGUUAAGGAUCAGACAUACUUCCUUUCACAUCUUUCUCAGGCUCAGCUUAAGCAAUUAAUAUUCCCACUUGGUUGUCUGUCAAAGGAUGAAGUUCGCAAGCUUGCAAUGAAGUUUGAUCUGCUUAACAAACAGAGAAAGGAUUCACAAGGAAUAUGCUUUCUUGGGAAGUUAAAGUUCAGUGAAUUUAUUGCAAGACACAUAGGGGAGAAGGAAGGUAUCAUAUUGGAAGCUGAGACAGGAGAUUUCCUAGGAACACAUCGGGGGUUUUGGUUCUACACUAUUGGUCAACGACAAGGUCUACGCCUUCCGGGAGGACCCUGGUAUGUUGUUGAGAAGGAUAUAAAAAACAAUGUAGUGUUUGUGUCAAGAAAUUACUUUUCAGUUGACAAAAGAAGGCGCCUGUUUCGUGUUGGCUCCUUGAAAUGGUUAAAUGGUUUUCCCCCAAACCAGAUCAGUCAGCUACAGUGCAAGGUUAGACAUGGGCCUGGUUUUCGUAAUUGUAGCUUAAUAAUGGAACCUGGUGCAUAUUGUCAUGAAGAUGUUGCAGUUGUCCAUUUAUCUGAAGAUGAUCAAGGCCUGGCAGCUGGGCAGUUUGCGGCCUUCUACCAGGGAAGAACUUGCUUGGGCUCCGGUGUAAUUUUGGAGUCUUGGGAUGAUCAAGGUUUUCCUGUAUGUGCAAGAGCUCUUGAAAUUGCAAGAAUGGAAGACAAAUCACUUCUUGGUAAACCCGUUAAGAUAAAAGUAAAACCAGAGAAUCCGAUAACGGAGGCUGAUCAGGUAGAUGGCAUGGAACUUUGUCGAGGACUGAAACAUUCUGGAAUUUCUGCUGCCAAACAACGCAUGCAGGUAUCUCAAGGAGAAGCAAUAACCCGAUUCCCUGUAAAUUGGCUGCAGAAGUUUCGAGAGAAGUGGUUACGCAUAUUCUAGCAAUUUUAAUGUCACAAUGCAGACAGUUUUGAGGCAUAUGGCGGGGAAAAAAAAAAAUCCUACAAAUGAGAAUUAGAGAUAGCUCUUUGCUCUUUCCGGUGAUCCUCUCUGCUCCAUUCAUGUAUAGUAGUGGAGUGUGUGUGGUAAAAUUUGUUUGCCAGAGUAUGCAGUGGUCAUAUAAGUCUUGGCCCUUGGGGUAAUUAUUUUUUCAAGCAUUUUCUCAGGGUGAAUAGUUUUAUUAUCAGAGGAAGGUUGCAUUUGCGCCACUUGGCUGCUGAUUUUCCAUGCAUCUUACUCAUAUUUAUAUACUAGAUUCUGAUUUCUUAAUCAAAGCUGCUUGAAUUUUC